AUGCCGACAGCCGUGACGCAGAUCGGACUCAAGUCCCUCCCGCUGGUGACGACCGGCAAGGUACGCGAGCUGUACCGGAUCGACGAGACGACGCUCCUGAUGGCGGUGACGGACCGCAUCUCAGCCUUUGACGUGGUGCUCGACAGCGGGAUACCGGACAAGGGGGCGAUCCUGUGCCAGAUGUCGGCGCACUGGUUCUCCGUGCUGGGCUCGCAGGUGCCGGGGCUGAGGUACCACAUGCUGAGCACGGACGCGCCGGCGACGCCGUCGGUGGUGACGGCGGACGAGGCGGCCGCCCUGCGUGGCCGGUGCCUGCAGGUCCGGUCGCUCAAGGUGUUCCCCAUCGAGGCCAUCGUGCGCGGCUACAUCACCGGCAGCGCCUGGGCCGAGUACGAGCGCGCGGGCACGGUGCACGGACUCGGGCAGCCCGAGGGCCUCCGACGCUGCGACAGGUUCCCGGGCGGGCCCAUCUACACGCCCUCGACCAAGGCGCCGGCCGGCGGGUCGGACGAGAACAUCUCGCCGGACCGGGCGCGCGAGAUCGUCGGCGACCGCUACGCCGACCGGAUCCAGUCCCUCGCCCUCGCUCUGUACGGUGCCGCCCACGCCUACGCGCUCGAGCGCGGCAUCGUACUGGCCGACACCAAGUUCGAGUUCGGCCUCGACGAGGCCACGGACGACAUCGUCCUCGUCGACGAGGUCCUCACCCCGGACAGCUCCCGCUUCUGGCCGGCCCCCGUCCGCGUCGGCGUCGACCAGCCCAGCUUCGACAAGCAGUACGUCAGGCAGUACCUCAUCGACAACGGACUCAAGGGGAAGCAGGGCGUCUCCCUCCCAGACGACGUCGUCAGGGAGACGACCGCCAAGUACAGGGAGGUUUUUGAGAAGUUGACCGGUCGCUCGAUCGACGACGCUCUGGCUGAUCUGAAAUAG